UCCCUGGUGACGCAGUGGUUAAGAAUCCACCUGCCAAUACAGGGGACACGGAAUCGAGCCCUGGUCUGGGAAGAUCCCACAUGCCACUGAGUAACUAAGCCCGUGUGCCACAACUACUGAGCCUGCGCUCUAGAGCCCACGAGCCAAAACUACUGAGCCCACGCGCCACAACUAUUGAAGCCCGCGCACCUAGAGCCCGUGCUCCGCAACAGGAGAGGCCACCGCAAUGAAAAGCCCGCGUAUCGCAAGAAAGAGCAGCCCCGGCUCGCUGCUUCUGGCCGGGAGGUCUGGAGUCGUAGGUGUUUCAGGGUUCCUAUUUGGAAGGCCUAGGAGGCUAAAGCUUUUCUGCAAACAGAUGCGAGGGACAUGGAGCGGUCUGUCCCAGGAAAAAAGGGUUGCCCAUUAUUCAUAUCAGUGGAAUUUGAUGGAAAGAGAUAGGCGCAUCUCUGGAGUUAAUCGUUACUAUGUAUCAAAGAGUUCAGAUCCCAGAUUCUCUCUCGGCUCAUUUGUAAACCUGAACUUUAUCUCAUCCCUGGAGGCAUUUGUUUUCCCAUGGAUGUAUCCCAACUCACUGCGAGUGACGUGCUUCAAGUUGAGAAGACAACAAACCGUUUCUUUUCUGAAGGGCUGUGGAGACUCGGAACUUUGGGGGAAUCAGCACAUCAGGAGGUUCGCCGCCUUUAGCUGUGUGACCUCACGCAAGUCACUUCACUGCUCUGAGGCUCAGGUCUCCUCCUAUCUUCCAAGGGAAAAUAAUACGCGCUCGGCACACGUCCCUGGGUAUCUGAGAUAGUCAGGACAUCAUGUAUGUGGAGUAGUUUGUAACUGGGCAGCCCUGUGCCUGUGGAGGGGAUCACUGCUGGCGCUGCAAGCACCCCUGGAACAGCUGUCCAGUCCACUCCCAGGUCGCCCAAAGGCACUUACCUGAACGUGGUAGGAGGACCGUCAGGCCCUCUGCGGAACCAAGUGUAGGUGGCGGCAGCAGUCUUGGGUCCUCUCUUAGAAUGAGUGAUCACACCUAGGGAUUCGCAGAACACCGCAACAAAGACAACAGACCGCACUAACCUCUAUAAGGACACGCAUUGCUCUAAAGGUGUGUUCUGAGAGCAGAGAGGAAAAUGCAGUUUCUUGCCACCGUGAGGACCGAGUGCCCAGUUACCCCUCUCGGCAGACGCGGCCUGCUCUGUUCUAGGAGAAGGUGGUGACCGGAUGGGACUGAAGCUGGCCGUCCUCAACAGGGAGCCUUUGGAUGGGAGGAGGGUAGAGAGUUAAACACCACUUGGUUUUCAAGAUUUCAUAUCACCCUGAUACUUUUGUGACCUGAGAACUCAAAUGAUUCUACUACACUUUUGUGACACAUGAGACACACAGAACGGUUAUCGAGGUUUUUCUUUCCCAAGUAUGUCGAUGCAGAUUUUACGUAUCUAAAGACACUGGCGUUCAGCUUCUUGGUUUGGGUCCCCGUGUGCUUGUGUAAUGCUGCCUUCCUCCACCCCACCUCAUCCACACACCCCUGACCCAAUAUUUCAUCUCUGAGGUUUGCAUACUCGGGAAUAUUCUUUUGGGAUGUGCUCUUCCUUUGCUUCCCACAUGAAGCUGGAGUAGAGCCUGAGCUAGACCCUGAGGGGUUCAGAAUGUUCUUAUGACCUUCACAUAUGGGGCACUGUUGAUAAAAGAUGAGGAAAUUUCUGUAAGGAAUAAAUCCAAUGCUAUGUUUGCAUAAUCUUUAAUUGUUAAAGGUUUCUUUGGCCUAUUUGUGUACCCUCUGUGUCUGAUGCUGUUGGGCAUAAUAUACCUCUCCCACCCGCAAAGUCUCUUUAGCAGUGCGGAGCCAAGUCACUGCUUUUGGGAUUUCCGCAAAUCUUGAUUGACAACUAAAGACCUAAGUGUUCUUUUCAGGGCAUCACUGAGAAAAUGGCCUAGCAGAUCUUACUUGUGUAAACCCAUGUAACUGGUGCUUUACUAGUUUGAACACAUUUUGUUUCAUCUGUUGUUCUGUUUCUUGGCAGGCGUCUUCCUAAGUUCCAGAAAACAUGGAGAAACCAAUUAUGAUAUAUGGGCUAGAGUGUAGUCAGGUAAUAAAAUUGACAAACAAGUAUGCAAUUUCAGUUAUGACCCUAAAGGACUGUAAUACCAAAGGCAAUAGGAAAAAAGGGAAGACAAUGGAAACACUGAGCAUCGCUGCCCCCAAGAAAACAAGAAUCUUUCCCGUGUGUUUAGGAGUUUCUUUGGUAUACCUGCCUGUCCCCGUGCGUGCCACCUACUGCACGGCUGGAGAGGGUCUCUUUCACUUAGCAGACAGAUUUUUUUCUUUCUAGGUUUAAUACCCUUUGUUUCUAGAGGCCAGAAAACAGCACAGGCCCCCAGAAGCCCACUCCGGUCUCUCAUCUCUAAGAGCCUGGUCUUUGGGGCAAGGUGGGUCAGGUCUCUAGGGCAACUCUGGAGUUUUCAUCCGGUGUCUGUUGGGGGCAGCCCAGUGUGGUUAUGACCGUGGAACAGAACAUCAAGGCAUCACCAUCGAAAGUCCAGCCAUCCGGGAACAGCUCUGCCACAGUACUUGUGUUCUGAGCAUGGCACUGUUCAGUGAGGCACUCGCCCUAUGGCAGACCUGCAUAUGCUCAAGCUGGAACGUUCUGAGUGGUCUUCAUGACAUCAUGACUGUCAGGGAUCCACCCAACCUGGGACUGACUGGCACAGUACAGUACUCAGGCUGUGUGGCCUUUAUGGAUGGAGAAUGGGCCUCAGUUUAGGAAAGGCCCUGGGCUCCUACCACCUCCUCUCCCUUCUCGGGACAGUCUGGUGGCCUUUUAGACUGGAAGUGAGGUCACUCUGCCACACACUUAGAACCUGCCCCAACCCAAGAUAGCUUGCUACAUUUGACUCACUGGUUCUCUUUUCACGUGAGCACACCUUAUCUUCCCAACUACAUUGUAGGUGCAUUGAGGGUGGGAACCUUGUCUCACUCAGCUUCACUUCACCUGUCCACUUUGCCUGCCACCUGUCCUGCCACCUGUCCACUUUGCAGUACUUAGAAGAUAUGUGCUGGCUGACUGGGCUCACCU